AUGCGCGGGCGCGCCCCGCAGUGGCGCCGGGCCGCGUGCGCCUGCGCGGCCCUCCUGGCCGCCGCUGCGCUCGCCACCGCGCUCGCUUGGAACUCAAUCUUCGAAUCGGUCUUCGCUUCUCAAGUGGCCUUGAAGCCAGACACGAGGUCCUUCCGUGACUGGGUGGCUCCGACGGUGCCUCUUUUCUUCGAAGUCUACCUCUUCAAUUGGACAAAUCCGGAGAACUUUCCCGAAGAAACCCCAAAUCUUGUGGAGCUUGGUCCGUAUCGUUUCCGCGAACAUCGACGUCACGUAAACAUCUCGUGGUUUCCCGAAAAUGGGACCAUGGCCUACAUGACCCAGCGGACGUGGUACUUCGACGCUGACACUAGUAACGGAACCCUGGAGGACAAUGUUACCAUCAUCAACGUUAUUGCUGCUUCCGCGAUAUACCGAGCAAGACACUGGGGCUAUCUCCGGCAAAAGGGAUUGUCAAUGGGACUGGCUAUGUUCGGCCAAGGUAUAUCCGUCUCCCGGUUGGCGGGAGAGCUUCUCUUCGAGGGUUACGAUGAUCCCUUAAUGGAAAUAGCGAAGAACCUCCCAGCAAGCACGACAGGGGGCGCACCACCACUCGAUAGAUUUGGACUCUUUUAUGGGAGGAACAAUUCGAUAGACACUGAUGGUUAUGUGGAAAUAACGACAGGCGAGACACCAGGUGUUCUACCAGGACAGAUAGUUCGGUGGAACCACUUGGAUCAUCUGCCGUUCUACGAGGGGUCGUGCGCGAAGAUGGCCGGCAGCGCUGGUGAGUUUAUGCCCCACAACCUAACGGAAGAGACGCAGCUUGAGAUCUUCAUGGGAGAUCUAUGCAGGACGGUCUACUUCAACUACUCGGCGACCCAAAGCCACAUGGGUCUCAAUUACCACAAGUAUGAGUUGACGAAAACCAGUUUCGAUUACUCUCCUCUCGCCCCAAAUAACACGUGCUUCUGCAAGGAGGAGUGCGGAUGGAGUGGGGUUAUGAACGUAUCUGCGUGCCGUUUCGGUGCUCCCGCCUUCUUGUCUCUGCCCCACUUCCUACAUGGAGACGCUGAUCUCAGAAGCAAGGUUGACGGUUUACAUCCUGACCCCGAUAAGCAUUCGUUCUACUUCGGAGUGGAACCGAAACUUGGUGUACCAGUCGACGUGUCAGCCAGAUUUCAAUUCAACGUUUACUUAGAGCCCAUACCCAAUAUAGCUCUCUUCGCGAACGUCCCCCGCAUGCUGUUCCCUGUAUUCUGGGUGCAACAAAAAGUGGUGUUGGAGGAGAAAGUGGCCGCAGAGCUGCGAAUGGUGCGCGCCGUCUCCGACUGGGGGGCGACUAUAUGCGCGUGCGUCGCUCUCACAUUCGCGGGGAUCAUCACUCUAGCUUCGUGCUGUAAGAAAUCUCAAUUCAAGAAACCAAAAGACAUUAUCGUAACGCUGGAAAAGCCGAGAGACGAAGCGGAGAUGAAACUGAAUCCGAAUGAAAAACAGUGA